AUGGCUCACUCUGGCUCUGCGAUGACCGGCUACGAUGGCGGCGGUUUUGUCAAGGCCGAGGAGACAGUAGAGCGCCUUGAUGGACGGCAAAUGCUCUUUAACAAUACCGGUGGUGAUGCCAUUCAUGUGUACUUGAACAUCAAUGAUGUUCCAAUCAGCACUCCUGAUCCCAAAGACGCCGACACAUUCUGCUGCACCUCAUCCGAUUCGCUUGAUGCUACAUUUGCAAUGCACGCCCACGCGACUCAUUCGGCCUCGAUUCUGGUGAAACUGUUUGCUCCCAAUCUUGGCUUUGAUGAUGCCUAUGCCGGCCAGAUUCGCAUCUCUUCAAAAGACAUCAUCGAGUUGACGGCAAAAAAGCAUGACGAGGACGCCUUGAACGCAUUGAGACGCUUCUGCCCAACAGCUUAG